AUGACUGGUGGUCUCUUUAUGAACGUAAACACUGUACAGCCGAAUACAACUCGAGAAUUUCUCGUUCAUCGUCUGAAAGAAGUCGUCGGCUACGAAUGCGUUCUAUUCGAAUCCACAUCUAAUCGUCGUCAUGGAAUGUUUAUGAUUGAUCAAACAGCAAUCUCGAUUCGAAUCAAAGUCGUAUCAUCCAGUCCAUCACUGAUCAUAGGAUUGAUCAAUCCAGGUGGUUUGUUCUUCCGACCAAGCCGAUUUUUCAACGGAGAUUAUUUGCAUAUGUUCACUAUCGAUCUAGGCAAUCGAUCGAACAUCGGUCAAUGGAUGUACAAUUGUAGUGACGAUUGCGCUGUUGAAAUCAAUAUCGAAAGCGAAUUUCGAUGUCGAACACAAGUAUAUUCACCAUUGAUUGAUGGCUUAUUUGCUGUCAUUGCUACACCACCACUUGUCAAUCAAACUGGCGUAUUUGCGAUUACAACUUGCGAUGAUUCGAAUGAAAUUCUCAAUAGUUCAGUUCAGCUGAUCGGUACGGAUGGGAAAAUAUUGUCGAAUUAUUCAAUGACGACACCGUAUCUGGUCACACCAAUCACAAUCCCAUCACGAAGUUUUCGUGUUCGCACUCGUAUUGGACGUCGCGAUGGGGCUUUUGCUUAUCGAGACGAACGAAUCGCAAUCGACACGAGUCAGAUUGUGAUGGUUAUCUAUCACCAACCGUUGGUCGUAAUCCAUAACGAGAGUCUCAAUGUUGCAUUCACAAUUCGAAAUGAUGCUACUAUACCACUAUAUAUUCAAUUGAACAUUGAUGAUGUCUUAAUAACGUCAAAAUGGUACUCGAUUAGUUCAAAGUCGACCAGAGAUGAUCGUGUUAUUGUUGAUUCGAGUCGAUAUCAAUUGAUCAACGAAACAACUCGACUCGUGCUACUAGCAUUUGCUCUACAAGCAUUCAGCGAUAACAAUACAAUUAACCCCAGUGAAGUUCUUUUUCGACACGAACAAAUCGUUGCAUUCUAUAUACAAAGUAUAGCCAUUCAUCUUGAAGCUCCAACACACUUUGUCAAUAGUAUCGCAAUGAGUAAUCGGAUUUCGUUCAAUUUUAUUGGCAUUUUGACAUCGGUAAUUGUUUCCUGUAUUCGAUAUUGCUGA